AUUGACAGAAGUGUGAUUAUUCUCGAACGUCUCACACAUCAAAUUGUACAGUAAUUAAUUCUAUUCAAAAUAAAAUAUUAAUUAUCAUCUUCGAACGACCAUUAGUUUGAAAUAUAACGUUUAAUCAGAAUCAGAACAUUUGAUACAAGAAAAAAAAUGUCGCGAAUAACUUACUCAUUGACCAAAGAAUACUAUCGUAAAAAAAUUGGUGCAGCUGAUCUUAUAAAUUUGGUAGAUUAUUUGAAUAAGAAUGAAAUUACAGAAGAAAAGUUAGAAGACGAAGGCACCGUGAGGGAUAUAAUACGUCUGGGAAUGAAAAAAGAACCAAAAAAAGGCUAUUCGAAAAGUGAUAUUAAUGUGUUUAGAAAAACGAUUCUUUCUUUUAAAAUUGAUUAUUUGAAAACAACUCCUCUGUAUCGAAUAAAUCGAGGCAUACUAGUCGUCGCUUGUAUCGAACUUCUGCUGUGGCCUGGGCAAACCGAUGAAGAAUAUAGAAACAUUUAUGCUUACCACAAGUCGGGUAUUAUGUAUAAAGAACUGUGUAAACUGUGUAAUGUCGAAGAAAUCGAUCCUGUCGCCGAUGAAUCGGCUAAAUUGUUUUUUGGAAGCUACACGUUAGCCAACAUAAAUGGGAUCGUCUUGCAAACGAUAAGAGCGUAUUUGAAAAAAAUUGAUAUCAAUCCUGAAGAAAUGAGAUAUAUAAUAAAUGAAUCCUUUCGAAUAAUAAAUAGUACGAUAUUCGAUGAACAAAGAUUUAAGGCGGAUGUUCUGAUUAAUUUGGUAAAUUAUUUAGUGAUACGAGACGUGAAAUUAGAAGAUCUAAAAAAACAGGAUAUUACAAUGGAUAUGCUGUAUAUAAUCGUUGGCGAAAACCGAGCACCCUCGCAAACGCAAUUUAGAGAGUUUGAAAAAUUUCUCGCUCUCAAACUUGAUUACUUGAAGGUAACCAAUCUGUACCAAAUAAAUCCUGACAUAUUGACGGUCGCGUGCGUCGAGCAUCUCCUGUAUCCCGGACAAGAUCGCGAAGUAUACAGAAGUAUAUAUGACUGCGAUACCGAAACGGCGACCAAGGUAUACAAUGAACUGCAUGGUUUUCCAGAAGGGCAAAAUGUCGAUGGUGCCACAGUUAUAUCGGCUACAAACUUUCUUCGACGCGAAACGUUCUUGAAUGAGGAUGGGUGCUUGAAAACGAUAAGAUCGUAUUUAAAAAAUAUCAAAUUCGGUCCCGAGGAGAUUGAAUUUAUAAAAAAUAAGUCGAUCGAGUUGAUCACCGAUAAUGAAGCUAGUGACGCCGUUCAACCACCAACAAACGUGACGAAUCGUCCGAUAUCCGCACCCACCGACGACGAGGCGCAGGCCCGUCCACCUACGCCAGAGGUGUUACCGAUGGACGUCGACCAACCGUCGACAGUAUCGACGCCCGCGAACCAGGGAUUUCCCUCGCGUUACUCUCCCAACGACGUGGUCUUGGCGAUAAGGCCAAGGCUGAAUUUUUUCUGGCCGGCAAGAAUUCAAGAGGUUCACAGCGACAGGAGGGAGUACGUGGUAUAUUUUCUAUUGGGUGGACUCAACGCGGAAGUUAUAUCGGAGGAAGAUGUAAAAGCUUUUACGGAGGAAGAGAUCGACGCCGCUGCCUACUGUCUGGGUCCAGGUUUAGUACAGUCUUACUUCAGGUAUGCAGUGUCGAUGGGUAAACAAGGAGACUAAGAUACUUAAUCAUUUUGUCUUCGUUAAAGUAUAAUAAAAAUAAAGGGAGAAACUUCAUGUACAAAAAGUUUUUAGAAUUAUUUAGAGAACCUACGUGCUUCGGAAUUUACGCGGAACUUGCUGUAAUUCUUAAAAAUUUAAUUAAAACGUUUGAAUUAAAAUUUUAUCGGCAUUUUCUUUAGUUACGGUCUAUUGCCAGGAUAGAGUAAUAAAUCUUAUGAAAAAAAUGUAAUAUUAAAAGAAGUGAAAAAAGUUUUUAUUGCAGUAAAAUUUAAUUUUUAUUCAUUUGAAUAAUAGCUCGCGAUGGCCAAUACCGUAGCGGCCAGGUAAACAUCGUGUUUUUUAAGCUCUCUCAGUUCCUUCAAGUUCACUGCACGCAAGAAUAAGAAGAAUACAAAAUUAAGCUCUCGAAGCUUUUUGGCGGGCGUGAUUCAUACCGAUCGCGAUGCGUUAUCGGCUGCGCGGUAUUUUUAAGCCAAAUAUUUGCGAAAUUCCUUCGCUUCAAUGAAAAAAAAAA